UUCACAGGGGAAAAGUACAGUUCCAAUGUGAAAUAUGUGGAAAAUCUUUCAUGACUAACUUACAGCUCACUACCCAUGUACAAACUCACACCGGAGAAAAAUCAUAUCAUUGUGAAAUUUGUAAGAAAUCGUUCAUCCAGAAAUGUCAACUUAUAGUUCAUAAAAGGAUACACACUGGCGAAAAACCUUUUGAGUGUGAUGUAUGUGGAAAAUCAUUUUCUGUGAAUCUUUAUCUUAAAGCUCAUAAACGAAGACACACCGGAGAAAAACCAUUCCACUGUGAAAUCUGUGGAAAAUCCUUUUUUGAUAAUUCACAUCUUGUCAGUCACAAAAGAGUACACACCGGAGAAAAACCAUUCCAUUGUGAUAUUUGUGGAAAAUAUUUUUACUCGAGCAGUAAUUUAGCAAGACACAAGUUAUUACAUAUGGGGAAAAAAGCAUUCCGUUGUGAAAUAUGUGGGAAAACUUAUGUGAAUAACAGUGAUUUAAAAAGACACAAGAGAAGACAUGAGGGCGAUAAGACUUUUCACUGUGAAAUUUGUGGAAAAUCAUUCUUCGAUCAUUCUAACCUUAUAGUUCAUGUCCGUACCCAUACUGGAGAAAGACCUUAUCAGUGUGAAAUCUGUGAGAAAGCAUUUAUUUGUAAAAGUGAUGUAAAUAAACACAAACGAACACACAGUAAAGGGAAGCCUUUGGACUGUGAAACAUGA